CUAUUAUUAUUAUUGUGUAAUUAGCUACUUGUCAUCAAUUUAUAGGGAUCUUUGAUUAUUUAACUUACAGAUACAAGUAUAAUCAAAGUUCAUAUUAAUUGGAUAUAAGGAGCAAAUGGGACCUCAAAAAAUUCAAACAGAUUUUCUUAUUUCAUUUGAAGUAGUAAUAGUCUAAGGCCUCUAAGCCAUCAUUUUACUUUUGAAUCCACCCAAAUAAGUGCUAUUCUCACAACUCACAAGGUGUCCUUGCCACCAUAAUCUCAAAACUUUCCGAAACAUGGGGUUAAUUACGAAUAAUUAAAGGUGAGAUCAAUUAAUUAUAGGAAAUUUUAUCACUUAACUACCUUUUGUAUAAGUGGCUUUGGAUAUUACACUACCGUCUUCAACCCCAUCUCCCACCAUCUCCCUUCCACCACCGUCAAUGGCGUAUAAGUCAUACCAAAAUUAUUAGAAAAAGUAUUGUGUAGAACGGACUAACGGUGAGUCCGUCUACACAUAAACACCAAAUAUUGUCAUUCCCCAGGAAAACCUUCUUCAGCCACAAACCCAAAAAAAAAAACCCUCUUUGCCACCACCUCCCUCACUACCGCUGCCCUACCCACAAAACACCUCUCUCCUUAUCACGUUAUCUCCUCCCUAACUCAAUCCUCCUCUUUUUCACAUCCAAAUCCCCACCAUAAAGAUUAUCGUCGUCACAAACUCCAUAGAAGCCAAGUCUUCGUCUAGAACCCCAACUAUACAAGAUCCAAGUUGUGAAUUGUGAUGGGAGAAACUUAGAAAGUGAGUUCGGUCUCACACAAAACCUAUCGAAAUUAUUAUACCCUAGUUAGUGCUGGCUAUGUAAAUUACGUAUUAGUAUUAAAGUGCAUAUAGGCGCAUAGGGCCUAUGUAUUUUGCAUGCAUAUAAGAGGGCAAUCGGGGAUUCGGUGGUACAUUUUCUCUCUUUUAAUGGUACAGUGGUACAUUUUUGUGUACUAUUAUGUACUAUUAUGCAUGUAGUGGUACAUUUUGUCAUCAUAUUUUCUACCACCGAUUUUUCUCAGAUUUCCAUUAUUUACAAAAAUGUCAUCCUGUUUGCAAGUGAAAUAUAUAGGGCCUAUGCGCCAAUACUUAUUCCUCUCGUAUUAAAGCCAAACUCGUUUUCUUGUUUAGGUUGGUGUCAAAAUGACACUGUUUUGGUAGAUAUUACGAGUACUUUUUUGUCUUUUUUUAAAUUUUUUUUUAUCCUUUUAUUGUUUUAAUCAUUCAUUUCAGAGGAGGCCCCAAUUAAUCUCAACGAUUAACAAACAAAGGAAAUCGGAUGGCAAUUCUGUGAAUAAAAUGCUUUUAGAAAUGCAUCAGUUAAAUAAAAUAAUGUAUACAGUGAAAAGGUGAUGGAAAAGUCAUAAACGGUGAAAACCACCGUUUGUUAACGUUCGCUAACUCUAAUUUAACGUCGUUUGAUAAAAUUGACCACGGUCAGUACUCAGUAGCUAUUUCCCCAAUUCGAUUGAAGGCAAAAAAAGAGGGAAAAAAAAUUGUAGCUCAGAAGUACAGUAAUGGAGGUGUCGAAAAUUUUCUGUAUUUAGUACAAAUUGUCGCCGCUUUCCGUUGCCCUAAAUUCGAUGAUUGUGGUGCUGUUGGUGAGCUACAACCCUUCUGGCGAAUUGUUUUGAAAAAUAAGCAAUGGCGGGUAAUGUUGAUAGGGAAAAUAUAGUUGAAGAGUGUGUUGUAGAGAUUGAUUCUGAUGUAGUUGGAGAUGGUGGUGGAGGGGUUGAUUUUGAUGUUCCAAAGUCUCCUGAAAGGGCACAUGUUGUUGUUGAGAAUGGGGAAUCAUCUAAGUCUCCAUGUGUUGAUGGUGAUGCUGAUAUCCAGGGCCGUAGCAGGACCCCAUUAUGGACAGCAGAAACUGUCCAUACUGUUGUUUCUAGUAAUAUGGUAAAUGUAGUGCACACGGUUGAAUCUCCAAAGCUUGGAAUGGUCUUCAAGUUAUGGCAAGAUGUAGAAUCAUACUUAAAGGAAUAUGGUGAGCAAUGUGGAUUUGGUGUCACUAGGAUUCAAGGUUCAUUUUCUAAGAAGACGGAGUAGAAAGAAAGGGAGCGUAGGGGGUCCACAUGGAGGUGUGAAUGUUGGGGGAGACCGGACAUGAGGGUUGUGCGGGAGGUAAAGAAGAGGGCUAAAGCCAUGGAGGUCCGUGGCUCAGUUGGUAGUGCUAUUUCAGAACCUGAAUUGAAUCGUGGCAUGAGGAAGUCUAAAAAGUGUGAGUGCAGUUGGCGGAUCUAUGCUAGUGUUAAUGGUGAUGGUGAUUGGGAGUUGAAAACUGUUAUUCUCAAGCAUAAUAAUCAUACACCGCACCCAAGCCAAGCUAAUUUAGUAAAGGAGUAUCGUAUGAAGCAAUUUACAAAGAAAAUGGCUUAGAGGUUGAUGGAUUUCUAUGAAGAGGGGGUUCUUGUUUCUCAUAUCCACUGAUGUUUUGCUGCUGAGAUGAAAGAUGGUUGCAACAUGCAAAUGACUGUGAAGGAUAUGCAGCAUGAGGUUUACAAGGCGAGGCGUUUGAAAAUGGUAGGUGGUGACUCGGCAGCCAUGAUGUCCUACUUUGAGUACAUGAUGGCUGAUAAUCAGAACUUUUUUCAUGUAAACCAUUUAGAUGAAAAUGGUCGAUUAAAGGACGUCUUGUGGGUGGAUGCUCGUAGUAGGGCUGCCUAUGAAUACUUUGGCGAUGUAGUUUGCUUUGAUGCAACUUACCUGACUAAUGACUACGAGUUACCAUUUGCGAAUUUUGUCGGGGUAAAUCAUCAUGGGCAGUCUAUUCUACUUGGCUGUGCUUUAGUUUCUCACGAGGACUCUGAUACGUUUCGGUGGAUAUUUCGGCAGUGGCUGUCUUGUAUGGGAGGGAAAGCGCCAAUAGGUAUUCUGACUGAUCAAGCGCCGACAAUGCGUAAACCUUUGGAAGAACUAAGGCCUGACACUCGGCACAUGUGGUGCAUUUGGCAUAUCACUUCUAAGUUUCCUGAGAAGCUUGGGAAAUGCCCAUUGUAUUCAGAAUUUAAAAACUUGCUCAAAAGUGUGAUCUAUGAGAGCUUCAUCCUGGAAGUGUUCGAGCGAAAUUGGUGUUCAUUCAUUGAAAAGUACAAACUCGAAAAUAAUGAAUGGGUGACGUACAUGUUCAAAGAACGAGAGAUGUGGGUCCCCACUUAUAUGAAAGAGUUUUUUUGGGCGUGGAUGAAGACUACUCAAAGAGUGGAGAGUAUUAAUAGCUUCUUCGAUGGUUUUGUUAGUAGGAAAACCAAAUUGCAUGAAUUUCCUAAACAGUAUACUAGAGCCAUGACCAAGCGGGUCAAAGAUGAAACAGAUGCACAUGCAAACUGCACAAAGUAUGUUUGUAGGCUCUUGAGCGAGUUCAAGCUUGAAAAGUUGUUUCAGAAGAUUUACACCGACACCAAAUUCCAAGAAAUUCAAGCUGAAUUGUCUAGAUUGAUGUAUUGCUACUGCCGUGAUGAGAAAAUGAUUAGUGAAACUGUUGUGCAAUACCUGGUUGAGGACCGUGUAUGGAUAAUUCCAGCAGGGGAAAGGGAGGAAGUCAUAACAGACCGGAGGAGGUUUUACCAGGUCACCUUUGACAAUAUCAGCAAAGAGGUGUCCUUUGACUGCCGCAAGUUUGAGAGCUGUGGAAUAAUGUGUAAACACAUGUUUAGGAUUCUUGACCAGAAUCUGGUGUUUGACAUACUGGACAAAUACAUCCUGACUCGAUGGCGCAAGGAUGUACAAAGGAGGCACACACGAGUAAUAGUCCCGUACCAUGACCCGUCCAAAAUUGUCCAAGUGAAAAGAUUCAAUGCAAUCUUAUGUAAUUUUGAGUCCAUUUGCGAAGUUGCUGCAAAUGUGGAUGAUGAAACCGUCCUUGUAAUGAAAAUCCUUAGCAAGCUGAAGAGUGAAGUAGAUGAAGCAAAGCAGAAAAGAGAUCAACUGCAUAUAAUGCGUGAAGUUGUUAAUUUUCCUACUGAAGCUGGAGAAGGAACCACCUCUUCAUCUAUUAGAAAACCAGAUAAUCCAAUGCAGUCCACCGUAUUGAAUGAAGAGGUAACUCGUUCAUCCCAACACGACGUUACUGACUUAUCUACUGAUCAUGACAAUGUACCAGUAACAGGGUCCCACGUAGAGGCUCCAGUAUAGGCUCCAACGCCACGGCCAAAAUCUCAGAAUACUGAACCUGUGUUAGACCCUGUUACAAAGAAGAGGCGAAGGGGGAGACCUAAGGGUAGCAGAAACAAGUCCAAAGCAAAGACUGGUUAUAAGAAGAA